AUGCAACUCUGCAAAAACCGCCCCGAGGGCUUCGGCCCUCACUCCCGCCUCCACUCCUCCCUCCCAACAACCUGCUUCCUCGACGUGAUCGUCAUCCCCCUCGCAACCUGGCUCUACCUCCUCGCCUGCAUCCCAAUCCUCGCUCUCCUCUUCCUCGGUCGGAAACGCUACCCCACAACAACCUACGACACCAAAUCGACCUCUCCACCCCGGCGACGAAUCUGGCGAACAGUCCUAACAGUGCUAUACUACUUCUUCGCCCUCGCUCUCAUAGCAAUGCUAAGUCUCGAAAUCGCACGUCUCGUCGACGCACAACUCGGAAUCGGGCUCCUACCAUUCACCUACGCUGGCAUCCUCAUCGCGGCGGGUCUGCACUUUUUCGCUUCCAGGCAAGCCAAAGCCGGCAGGACUGGGCAUCGAUUGGCGGUGCGGACGACGAAUGCGGUGUAUUGGCUUCUUCUGGCGAUUGUGUUUGCGAUUAAAGUUGCGACGUAUGUUAAAGAAGGUGUGCAUAGUCGAGAUGCGACGAAGCCGGAGAGUAAUUACAAGGUGGUGGAUGAGGUGACGGAUGUCGGGGUUAUGAUUUUUUUGGCUGCGGUCUUGGUGUUGUUGGAGUUUGUUGCGGGUUGA